AUGACGGACCUUACUAUUUCCGAUGACGUUCUCGGGCGGAUUAAAGAUCAAGUGAUCUUUAUCACCGGCGGUGCAUCUGGAAUCGGCAAAGCAACCGCAGAGCUUUGUUUCAAAUACGGUGCCAAAGUAGUCAUUGGAGAUAUCAACUCGCCACAUUUAGAGGGCUUGGAGCUUGAAAGUUCCGAUGACUUCAAAUUCCUGAAAGUCGACGUUUGCUCGUGGGAUAGCCUACGAGACGCGUUCAAGCAAGUUGAGGAAUGGUUUGGUCGAAUCGAUCAUGUCUUCGCAAACGCCGGCGUGGGACCAACGACCGACUUUGUGGAUGACAAGCUCGAUGAAUCCGGUCAACUCGCGCCUCCCAACAUGCGAACUAUCAAUGUUAAUCUUAUUGGUGUGAUCUAUACACUUCGACUCGCGGCAUACCACAUUCAAAAGCAUUCGACUGGGCGUGCAGCUGGCGAAACUGGAAGCCUUGUGGUCAAUGCCUCAGCUUCAUCGUUCCAGAAUUUCUGCGCAGGCGAUUAUACUGUUACCAAGCAUGGUGUGCUCGGAAUUGUUCGCGGUAUGGGCUAUCAGCUCGACGGCAAGGUUAGGUUGAAUGCCGUGGCGCCUUCUUGGACAGCCACGGAGUUGGUUCCUACGGGAUUCAUUGAAGCCCUGGGUGUUCCUGUCCAGGGGCCGGAUGUUGUAGCCCGAAGUGUUGCUCUGCUGUUUGUCGACCAACGGCGUCAUGGUGAAGCUAUCUACAGCUGGGACGGGAAAUACAGAGAAGUGAACAAAGGGGAUGAUGGAUUCCUUGCGGCUUCAUUCGGAAUCCUGGGAAAUCCCGACGAUGAGGAUACGGUCAUGAGACAGUUGAAAGAUGAAAAGGCCGUGGCAGGCGUCUAG